AGUCAACAAACCCAUUUCGAUCUUACGUAUUACUUAAUAUUAUAUUUAUUACUGUUAUAGUGCUCUAGUUCUUCGUAUAGUUUUUUGCAACAUAAAUCGGUGAUUUAAGAUUAUAUAGGUAACAUCUAUUAGUAAGUACCUAUUAAUUUAUUUAAUUUACUCCGCAUUCGUAUGCUGAGAUUCUCACUAUAGUUUUAGUUCCGAAAAAAAUAGUGUAUAAUUUAAUACCGUAGUAGUAUUUUGAAAUCACCUCAUCUUAUUUUUUGAUAAGUUUUGUUUAAUAAUACAUUUUGAGUAAUACCAAAAUACCAUUAUGUUUAAUAGGUACCUACUCUAUUAUUUGUCUGUAGGUAAAUCAAAAAAACUACUAAAAAUCAUGAAGUUAAUAAAACCCAAAAGUUGAAACCAAAAAAUGUGAAUUCAUACAUGAAUUCAAUUAAAAUAUAAAUAUUUAUAGUCAUCUCUUUUUAAGUCAUAAUUUAUCUUAAUUAUUAUCUUUAUUAUUUCAAGAGAUAUCGUAAUAGGAUACUUCAUGAGACACUUAGCAUAUUGCUGUUAAAUGUAAAUGUAAAUGGUGUUGGUGAUUUUUGAACUAUCAACAUGCUUUGUAUUAAAAAUAUUGAGGUGCUUUGUUCAAGGUUAGAUUAUCGCAGGGCUGGUAGGAUGGAACGAAUAUUUAAAUUAUUUUUUAUUGAAAGUGAUAGCAGCAAAAUUUAUAUAAUUUAGAAAAAAAAAACUAUUUCUGCCAGCAUUUGGUUGUUAUUUGACAAAUAUAUAUUUGAUGUAUCACAAUAUUUUGAUAGGUUAAGUUAGUAAGUUAUUAUAAUUUUAGUAUGUGUAUUUAUUAUAAAAAACCAAUAAAUUCAACAGUAUUAAAGAACAUAGACUUCAAUUAUUAAAACAAAAUUUGAUGUUAAUUAUAUGAUAUUGUAUUCUCGUAUUUAGAUAUUUCGAUUAUUUUGUAAAACAUCGAAGUUGUAAAAAAUAAUUGAUUUUCUUAAAAGUCAACAUGAAACAUCUUAUAAAAAAAUAUUAUAUUGGAGAUUUGGUAAAGAUACAAAUAGAAUUUUAUCUAUUUAUAUUUCUAUAGAAAAAAAUCUAUAAGGAUUCCAGAUCAAACUUUUCAGAUAUGUUCAACUCUAUCUCGAUUUUGAACUUGCAAAAUAUAAACAUUAUUACAAAACUAAUAAAAUUCGUCACUUUUCUGAGAAUCUAAAAUAAUAUAAAUUAAUAAUGAAGUUAGAAACAAACAUUAAUAGUUAAUUAACUGUACCUACCUAUGUAGGUGUAUCGGUAUAUCAACAGUUAAAAAAAAAACAAUGUGCUCGUCACAUAAUAUAGUUUCUGUCAUUUUAUAUUUAGCCACCAUUUAGGUACCUACUGAAAAAAUGUAGCGUUUGUACUUUGUUUUACUUGUUUUCAGAAUCCCUUUAAUUAUUUACUAUGUCGUAUAUGCAUGAUAUAGGUACCUAUAUUAAUAAUUAUAUACAUUUCAGUUUCUUAAUUUGUUUGUAAUUCCAACCCUUGAUUGUAGAAGAUUAUUAUAAUUUAAAUAAUUAAGUAGGUAUACAAGUAUACAACUCGUCGAUAUUGAAUUUGUUUAAAUGAUAUAUAGUAUAUACGAUAUACAUAUUUAGAGGUUCAAAAAUAUUAAGUAGGUAAAUAAACCUUUUUCGAAAAAUCGAAUUACUUUUGUCUAAUAGAUAUAUUGUGUACUAGUAAUGGAAAUUCGAUACUAUCGUAGUGUCAUCUAUUAGACUAUUUUUAUUUAUAAAAUUUUAUGUUCUAAAUUACCUAUCAUCGUGGAGAUAUAAUUUUUCCUAUUUUCAAUCUUAUUGUGACGCCUGUCUCAUAUUUAGUAGUUUGUUAAAUACAUACCGACAUAAUAUUUCAAUAGAAUAAUAUAUGAUCUCAAUAUAUAAAUAUAUUAAAUAUUGUUGACUGCAGGAACUAUGGCAACAAAAUGGGGAAUAUUGAGUGCGUCCAAAAUUUCCUAUGAUUUCGUUCUAGCUUUAGAAACACUGUCGGCCGGAGAUCAUAAAGUAGUAGCCAUAGCUGCAAAAGAUAAAUCAAGGGCAAAAGAUUUCGCCGAUGAUCAUGGAAUUCCUACGUACUACGGUACAUACGAGGAACUUGGAAACGAUCCUAAUGUCGGUAGGUAAAAAUUGUAUAUGUAUAUAGUACCAUAUCCCUACAAGAUGAUAUACUAAGCGUACUCGCCUCAUUUUUUUUUGUUAAAUUUUGCAUGUAUUCAAAUUUUGAUUUUUGGAAUUUUUAAGUAUUAAAGCCGAUAUUUUUAAAUACAUAGAUUCUUCACUAUUCCUCCCUACUUAAACUUAAAAGUGGAAUAUCUCGUUAAUGGGUUGACGGAAAUCAAAAAUGCUGACAUAAAUAUGUGUUUAAAGUAAUAUUUCGUCUAUUUAUGAAAUUUUCAAUAUAGGUUCUCAUUUAAAAACCAAAGUUGGUAUCACCACAAGAUACUCCUUAAACGUUGUAAUGUUAAGUUUCAAAAAUAUCGGCUUUAACUAUAUACUUAAAAAAACGUCAUAGGAUAAUGGGGACGGUUGCAGCCACUGUUAAAGAAUAUGUAAUUUAUAGUAAAGUAUAUAUAUAUAUAUAUAUAUAUAUAUAUAAACUAUAGAUUUAAUGCAUACCUGUAAGCAACAAUAAACCAUUGUUUACACAUAAACAAUUCUUAGCGGAAUUCAGUUGAUAAUGAUACUUUGUCAACAAUAUAUGUUAUUUUAUAGUAAAAAAUAAUUAAAUAGAUUUUAUUAUCUUUAAUAAUAUUUGUCUAAUGUUGUACCAAUUUUCCCAGUGUUCUACAUUUUUCCAUCGAAAAAUUAACCCUUUAAAGUACCUCUUUAGUAAAAUUUCCUUUUAGAAACAUUGUUAUUAUUAUGAGUUGGAGCAAAAUUACUGGUAGAAAAGUUGUGCACAGAAAAAAAAAAUCAUCUUUGUAAAACUAUAAGCUUCCUCACUUCACUCAGAAUCUAUAAUUCCAAAAAUCAUAAUUUGAAUGUAUGCAAAACUGAUCCAAACAGAUGAAGUGAGCACGUUUAGUGAAUCAUUCUGUAUAUCAUGUACAUUAUAUUAUGUUUAUUAAAUAUCACUUUGCAGGGACGGAUAUAGAUUUUAUUUUUGGGCUGGGGGCAACAUUAUUUUCAAUAUUAAUUUUGAACAAUGAAAACUAAAUAUAAAAUACAAAUGAGAUUACAAUCAAGUAUCAAUUUUAUCGACUAUCAUUAUUCACAAUAAUUGGUAUAACCGCAAUUAGAACGACGAUUUAUAAUCAUUAUUAACUCAUAUUAUUACAACUAAAAAUAUAAUAUAACUGCCAAGAGGGAACUUGGGCCCCCCUUGAACCCGUUAUUGUCAAUUUGUAUAUUAAACUAUAUUAAAAUGUAUGCUAGGAAUUAAAUUACUUUGUUUAUUACUAUGUUAAAGAUAUUGUUUAUAUCGGUGCUCUUAACCAUCAACAUUAUUCGUUGACAAAACUUAUGCUUGAGAGCGGCAAACCCGUAUUAUGCGAGAAACCAUUUUGUAUCAAUGCGAAACAACUCGAUGAAUUAAUAAAGGUAACAAAUUUUGUUAACUUUAAGUAACAAUUAAAAAGUCUGAUCAUUAUUAUAACGAAUUAUAAAUAUUAAAUUAUAUUUUUUAGAUGUCAAAAGAAAAAAAAUUAUUUCUUAUGGAAGCUUUAUGGAGUUAUUUUACACCAGCAUUCCAAAAAGUACUCGAAGAAAUACAAAAUGGUACUAUUGGUGAAGUUUUAAACGUACAGGCCAACUUCGGUAUACCUAUAUCGAAUGUCGAACGAAUUUGGUAAAAUAAUUAUGUACUCAAAUCAUUAAAUUAUAAAACUAUACGAUAUCAAAUAAUUUAUUUGUUUUGAUAUUAAUGCUAUUUGGAAUAUUACACAAAUUAUUUUAUAACAUUAAAUGCUAAAUUGCAAACAAAAAAAAUAUCUGAUACUGGGGACGGAUAUGCCACUGUUGUUGGUAGAAAUUUGAGAAGGUUAUUGGUAAAGUUAUUUAAUUUAUAUCUGUAAACAACGAUAAACCAUUGCUAAUAAAAAACAAUUCUGAGUGAAAUGCCUUUAUGUUCGUCAACAUUUUAAACAAAAAACUUAUGUACAAAAAAAAAUACUACAUUACAUUCUACUUUUUUAUUUGACCACUAAGCAUAACUUAUAUUUUAACUUCAUGUACUUCAUGUUAAAUUUUUUGUUUAGUUAAACAAUUUUAUCCAAUAGGUAAUAAUAAAAGCUAUGUAAAAAAACUUACAUAUAUAAAAUAGCUGUAUAUAAAAAACUCAGAAGUAUUUUAAAAUUACUUUGAAAUUUUGACCACGUCUAAAAAACGAAAAAAUGAGUGGCAUUUUAAAAUGUUGAGACUACGAGUAAUUUUAACUAAAUUACAAUAAAAAACAAAAUUGAAAAUAAUAAAACCAUUAUUCCGUAAACUUUCCCGUUCUUUUUACAUUUAUUUUUGGUUUGACUCAAUUAUUAAGAAAACUGAACUAAAAUGAAAAACAACUUUCACACUCACCAACUAAAUUCAAAAUGAAACAAAAAAAAGUCGUAUGUUAAUUUUCGAUUUAAGCAACAUUUCUGGUAGAAAACAAAAACCGUACAAAUGUAAUAAUAAUGAAAUUUAUCAAUUUUAAUUUUACGUAUUUUUCCGGCUUUUCUUAUAUAUUAUGAAAACUAUUCAAAAGUCCAAAGUUACUAAAUGCCUACUUAAUCAACGCCUAAAUUAAAAAAGCGACAAAAAAAGGUCUCUUAGCAUCUUUGGUUUAAGCAUGAUUUUGGGUAGAAAACAUAAUGCGUACAAAUUGAUAAUGUCGCGAUGCCCCGUAAAUAUUUGUGUGCUUUUCCGAUAAUUUUUUUCCCAAUUAUUAUGCGAAUCCCUUGGAAAAUCAAAAAAUGACCUCCUUAAUGCACUAAUUUAAUCCAAAAUGCCACAGAAAUAGUCAUUUGUCGUUUGGUUGUUUUAUGGUCGUAAAGUUGUUGACAGACUAAAAAAAUGUACAAUUCAUAGUAAAAUCAGUUAAUCACUCACUAUAUGCUCCGAAUCUAAAAUCCGAGUAUUUAAAAUGUAUACAACUGGAUUUUAUGCAUGAGAAUAUAGGAAAUGUCAAGUCUUAAGUGUGUUUAUAUUUUGUACCUAUCUGUGUUUCAGGAAGAAGGAAGUAGGAGGUGGAUCUUUACUGGAUCUUGGUAUAUAUACCGUACAUUUGGUUAACGCAAUUUUUGGGCCCGGUAAACCUGAGUCCAUAGUAUCGAAAGGAAUAUUAAACAGCCACGGCACAGACGAAAAUAUGUCUGCUAUCCUCAAGUAUCCAAAAGGGAAAAUAGCCGUUAUCUCUACACACACUAAAGUGAAAAUGGAUUGUUCGGCUUACGUAUAUGGUACUAACGGAACAAUAAAGGUAAUUCUUAAAAACAAUACAUUAUUUAUUAACGUAAUUAAAUUUAAUAAUAAUAUUCUCAGAAGUUAAAAAUGAGUUUAUGAUGAUAUUGUAUACAACAGUGGCGUAGCCAGGAUUUUUUUAAGGGGGUGUUUUUAUUUUGUAUUUAAAUGUAACUUUGUAACCUUAUUGUGCGCAUGUAACAAACACACAACAUAUUAUACUUAAUAAUUAUCUAUGCGUUACACAACACAUCUUGUAGAAAUCUGACACAUAACUGUAUAAUAUAGUAACAGUUAUAAUUUUCGGCAUAAAUAUAGUCAAAGGUGGGUGUCUGAACACCAACACAUUCUCCUCGCUAUGUCACUGGUGUACAAUAUACAUUAUACAUACAUCAUUGUUAUGUAAUUAAUAAUUACUAAUAAGAUAUAUAUAAAGGCAUUCAGAAAAAAAAUCCUACUUCACACUAAUACUGCACACCAUGACAGAGGCAGUCAAAUGCGUAGGGACAGAUGGCGACUAUCUUAGGGUUAAGAUGUUCCUCAAACAACACCUUUAAAUAUAGGGAAGGGGAUAUCUUCUUAGAGCUUGGAUACAAUUGAAUACAUCCUGACCAGUUUAUUGCAAGUGGCAUAACUAAAUAAUUAAUUUAUUAUAUCAUAGCAAUUGUAUCAUUUCAGUUAACACGGUUAAUAAAAAGUAUAAUAUUACAAUAUUCAAAACAUUUCAAGAUUAUCUGGUAUUUUUUCAACAUAAAAUGCAAGUCUACUUACAGCAUUAACUCUUCCAGUAACCAGUGCAUCUAUAGAAAAAUCAUUUUCUAUUUAAAAAUUAUUUAAAACAAGACUAAAUUUAAUAAUUUAUUGAGUUUUGCUACGAAUACAAAAUUACGUAUUUAUUUAUUAUCUCCCUGUAGGAGAGGUUCAGAAUACUUCCACGGCACCUGUCGUAAGAGGAGACAAAUGGAAUUGUGUCAGGUCAUCAGCUGGUGUAUAAUUAUUCCAAACAUUAUUAAAAGUUCUAAAGUAGACCUUGGCAGAUUGUCCCAUUUCGGAUGUACAAGGGGACAACAGGUGAGAGGGGAGGUACCAUGGUGCAUGAUGUUGAUAGAUAAUAAAGCUUCAAUAGAAUAAAAUCUGGAAUAAGUUAACAAUACACUUGAGGAAUGUAAAGUAGCACUUAAAAGAAAGGGGCUGAUAAUAAUUAGAAGCAAAACAGAAUAAAAGUUUAGAGGAAUAGUGUAAAACAGCGUUAUAAUAAUAAACGGUGACGCAAUAGGUGAAGUUGAUAGUUUUAAGUAAUACCAAUUUACUUAUAUAAAUCAACUGUGGUUUUGUUUAGAAUGUGAAACACAGUAUAUUUAGAUCAAGUAAAGAGAAGCGUCAGUUGUUUUAUGUAACAAAAGAAUUCCAAUGAGACUUCAGUUAAGUUCUACCAAAGUGUUGUGAGACUGACUAUAUUGUGUGGCUUGGAGUGUUAGACGUUAGCCAGAAAAAUAGAACAGAGAACAAGUGUAUCAAAGAUAAAUUCUAUUAAUUUUCUGAGUAUUCCUGUUCAAUAUAUUAGAUAUUUUAUAACAAAAUAUCUAAAGCAAUAAUGGAAUGAUAAUAUAUGUUUAUUUAUGAACCAGUUUUUCCAAUGUUUUGUAAUCUUUUGUAGAUUAUCACUAGCCACAGUCUAUAUACCAAAGAAGUAUAGGUACGUAUACCUACCGUACGCAACGAUCAACCAUUGCUAACAAAAAACGAUUCGGAACUAAGUUCAGUGAUAUAUUUUGAAAUGCCGUAAUUAUUACGAUUUUCGUUAACAGAUUUUAGAUCAUAUGAUCUAAAAACGCUGUUGAACUGACGCAUUAAACUCAAAUUUGUUUUUUAGACCUUACGUUAAAUUUUCAAACAUUUCUGUUUCUGUUUAAUAAUUUUAUUUCCCGAAUACCCAUUAAAUAAAAAUUACGUUAAAAACUGGCAAAUUUAAAACAUGAAAAUGUUGUGAUAGUAACAAGUCUCUUUAAAUGUUUUAUAAUUUUUAAGAGAAUAUUAACAUCAUAUUUUAGGUUUUUUAAGAGAAUAUAAAUUCGGACUUUAUCAAACUGUCUCUUAUCUCUGUUAUUAAUUAUAAAAAAUAGGUUACAUUAAAAUAUAAUAUCACAUAACAAGCUAGUAAUUUAAGUGUCUUUUAUUCUAUUCUAGACUAAAUUUCUUAAAUGUCUUUGCGUAUGUCGUAUGUGUACUAUAGCUACUCAAUAGUUUUGAUUAGGUAUUGGGGAACAAAAUAUACAUAUCAUUGAUUGUAAAUGCAAUAUAUUUAUAAUCAAUGGUAUUAUGUUUAUGUUUGUAUAAUAUACAUAUAUAUGUGACAAAAAACAUGAUUAAAUUUGUAUGUGUCAUUUGGGGACUGAGAAAAUCCCAAGAGGGUGGUCAUUGUGUGUGUCAAUUUUGAAUACGUGAAAAAGUUGACAAAGCUAUCACUGGGUGGGAACAAGAUAAAUCCAGUCUCCCAUAAUCUAAUUUCCUUCAAUAUUUAUAAUUUAACUUCUAUAUUUGGUAGGUAUUUAUAAAAAAAAAAUAGAAACAGCAAUGCCAAUGUGUUUAAUUCUUUUAGUUACAUGAACCAUUGAACGCUUCGAAAAAAGUAACGGUUAACAACAACGAUUAUGAAUUUAUACAACCAGUCACAAGAAAACCUACACUAUUUCCAAGCAGUGUACAGUUGCGUUACGAAAUAGAACAUGUUAGACAAUGUUUGAAAAAAGGUUUGAGUAUUUAUCUAUGUUUGAUAAUUAAUGUAAAUUACUCUACAUGUUUAUUGGACUUAAUGAAUUUAUAUAAUUUUUUUGUUUUAAGGUUUAAUUGAGUCACCAACGGUUACUUUGAACAAUAGUUAUAUUGUUCUAGAGAUACUGGAUGAAUUGAGAAAACAAAUUGGGGUAAAGUUUGAAGAAGAUGUUAACACCACACCAUAAAAAAUCAAAAAUAUAAUUUAUUUAUUCUUAAACGAAAUAGGUACUUAUUACCUAUUCCAAGUAUAAUCAUUUUUAGUAAAAAUAUUAGUAGAAAUUAAAAAAAUAAAACACCUUUUCUUACCUAUUCAUAAUUAUUGUAUGGAAAAUUACGUGUUAUAUUUUGAGUACAUCAUUUUUUUUUUUUACCAAUUCAAAUUUGCCUUUGGUAAUUCCUGAACUAUUAAACACUUUAUUAAGUUUUCCAUCAGUCAUAUUAAUCAGCUUAUCACAAGUCUUGCUUAGUUGCUUUCAAAUUAGGGCUUAAGAUUUCACGUGUAAUUAUGAAGCCCGUGUAUUUAAUAAUAGUAAUAUAUAUAUUCGGGUAGGUACUUAUUGUACUCCGAAAUUCAAUUUAAAAAACAUUAUUAUUAUCUUGUGUAAAAAAAAAACCUUUUAUCCGAUUUAACUUUUACUGCAUUAUGCUGGGCAUAUGAUUUUAUUUUAUUAAAAUUCUGUUAUGAUAAAUCAGAAUAUUAAUAUUUUACGUCACUGGAUGUGAUUACACAAUGGUCAAUGCCAAAAUCAAGGGCAUUAUUAAAUACCCAGGUAGUUAUAAAUGUACGAUUAAGUAGUUUAUAGUAUGUAAUUUGCAUAAUUAUAAUUUGAAUCUGCG